ACAGCAAGGAGAUCAUCUCGUAUUAUUGAGAAGACCAAACUCUCAGCAAUACCAGUCUCUUCAUCCUUUAGAGAAAGUGCUGAAAAAAUUCUGCCUCGUGGACGGUGUAAACACUUAGUUACUUUGACUGCCACAAGCUCAGCAAGACAAGGAUCAAUGUCUUCAAAGAUCACCUCCAGAGAUAAUGUUGGUAAAUGUGUCGAUACCUCGGAAGAUAGUGUGUUGUUUACUCGAGGUAAAUUGAACACUAAGGGAACUGGUUCAUCAGUAAGUCAGAAUUGCACAUUUGUAUUAAAGGGAAAACUGUCUACAACCAAUAAAACGGAACCAGUUCAUGAAAACCACUCAAGUAAAUUGAAUCGUAAAAAGAAAACUGCUAAGAAGGAAAGCUCUUCAAGGUUACCAUUUAUUAAAACUGAGAGUAACUCUCAAGUUUCAUUAACUAGUGCUCCAUUUAAGAAUGCAAAUAAACAGUCAGGAAAAGGCACCAAUAAAACUAGCAAAGCUUCUGUUGUGAAUGAGAAGAAAUCCUCAGACAUUGGUAAGAAAAGGCUAAAAGAUAUGGAAGAAGCUUCUGGCGAGUCAUCAUGCAUGGGACUGCGUUCCAGGAAUCGACAGCAGAUGUCGAGUCUAAAUUGUCAGACUAGUACCAUUGGGCAAACUUCUACAAUUAAGUGCGGAAGAGGUAUUAAAAGCAGUAAGCCUUUAAAUAAGGCGCUGAGUAAUACUAGUGACCAAAAGAAAGGUGCAGUUAAUGCCACUCAGCAGCACCAGAAGCCAAGUACUGCACAAUCUGCAGGACCAUGUGUUGUAAAAUAUGAAAAUUUAAGGAAAAAUAAACAUGAAAUUAGCAUAGAUGAACCAAGUGUACCAGCCUCAUUACCCAAAACAAGAGGUGCAGCUACCAGAACAUCUGUACGUGUUAAGAAAGGUGACGCAGAACCUACAACAGUCCGCAGCAAGCUGCCGGGAGGCUCAGUUUUAACUAAAGCAGGACAGUCCUCUAACACAGAAAAGUUGCCUGGGGGUGGUGGGAUACUAAAAUCAUACCCUCUGCGGAAUCGACUGCGCCUUAGUGACGGUGGGGGCGGUGGUGGUGGUGGUGGUGUCGGCAGUGGUGGUGGUAGUAACCCGCUUACUGCUGGCCGCUUGGAGCAGCAGGGUCAGUCACAGUCUUUGCCAUCAUCACCUUCCUCCCAAGGAGUUGCCUUCUUGGCUGAUACCUUCAGGAGACUGAGGGAGUCACGGCGCUCGUCGCAGGAACAGUCGUCUGCAACAAGUAAACGAAACACAACGCAGACCAAAGAUUCGAGACAGUCGGCAGGAACUUGGAAGAGAACACACGGAGCCAAAAAAUCACCUCUUUCUUCUAAACGCAGUAGUCGCAGUAAAACCAACAACACGGGGUCGUGUGCCAGUAGCAGCCAGCACUCAUCAAGAGGGUGCGGGAAGGUGAGCUUUGGCAGCAGUGGCUCAGGCAUGUCUGGGUCACAUGGUGGCCAUGAGGGUUCCUCGACAUCGUCAUCAGGCCCCCCACAGGCUUCACCCCAUGGUGCUUGUUCCACCACAGGUACCCCAGGAGGCACAGGUUCAGUUGGAGUUCCUCCUGCCACCACCACGGCCUCCGCUGCUCUUCAUGUGGCACCCUCCACCUCUACUACCUCUAGCCUACUACCUACAGCUUCAUUGGCUACACUUGGAGCCAUAGGUGGUGGAAGUAGCAGUGGGGCAAGUGGUGGAGGCCUAACUGGCAGCAUUGGAGGACUCAUGGGUGCACCAACAGAUAGUGAAAGUGAGGAGAAUGAGAUGGGACGGUUAGAAACACUCUUGGCUUCGCGUGGUCUUCCUCCUAGCCUGUUUGGGGCAUUAGGACCUCGCAUGCAACACAUUUUACACCGCUCAGUCUCUUCUUCCAUUAGUUCCAAAGCACAACAGCUCCUGGUAGGCUUGCAAGCAAAUGGAGAGGAAAGUGAGCAGCUUCAAGCAGUUAUAGAAAUGUGUCAGUUGUUAGUCAUGGGCAAUGAAGACACACUGGCUGGUUUCCCUAUUAAACAAGUCACUCCGGCACUAAUAAACUUACUUAAUAUGGAGCACAAUUUUGAUAUGAUGAAUCAUGCUUGUCGAGCCUUGACGUAUAUGAUGGAGGCCCUGCCAAGAUCAUCAGCUGUGGUGGUUGAUGCAGUGCCUGUGUUCUUAGAGAAGCUUCAGGUCAUCCAAUGCAUGGAUGUUGCAGAACAGUCUCUCACUGCACUUGACAUGCUCUCCCGUAAACACUCCAAGGCGAUAUUGCAGGCUCAUGGAGUUUCUGCAUGUUUGAUGUACAUAGACUUCUUUUCAACUGGGGCUCAACGUGCAGCUUUGAGCAUUACGGCAAACUGUUGUCAGAACCUCACUGCGGACGAGUUCCAUUUCAUAGCAGAUUCUCUUCAACUUUUGUCAUCAAGACUCACUUCACAGGGAGACAAGAAGUGUGUAGAAAGUGUGUGCUUAGCAUAUAGUCGACUGGUGGACUGUUUCCAAAAUGACCCCAAUCGCCUUCAGGAGAUAGCUAGCCAUGGCCUAUUAUCCAACAUUCAGCAGUUGCUGGUCAUGUCCCCACCGGUGUUGAAUAGUGGAACAUUCAUCAUGGUAAUACGAAUGCUGUCCCUCAUGUGCAACAAUUGUCCUGAACUGGCUGUUCAACUUUUGAAAAAUAAUAUUGCACAUACGUUGUGUUACCUUCUCACUAAUUCAACUGAACCUCCUGCAGCACAAGUAGAGUUAGUAUCUCGGAGCCCACAAGAGUUGUACGAGAUCACUUGCCUAAUUGGAGAGUUGAUGCCAAUGCUUCCCUCCGAUGGAAUCUUUGCUAUUGAUGGAGCCUUGCAGCGACCUUCUGGCUGCACUCAGGAUGCUGUUAUGUGGCAGUGGCAAGAUGACAGAGCUACCUGGCAGAAUUACUCCACAAGUGACUCAAGAAUUAUAGAACAUUCUCAUCAGUCAGGAGAGGAUGAAAUAAGCCUAUGUAUUCAAGGUCGUGCCUACACCAUAGAUUUUCAUUCGAUGCAGCAAAUCAACGAUAACUCGGGCACCAUGCGGUCUGUUCAAAGGCGCAUGAUGCCUGUAGGCUUAGGUGGAACUGUGCUUAUGACCACUCAGGCUACAGAUGCCCGAGCAAAGUGCCUACGUGAAGAUUCAGAGUUGGCAUCCACUCUCAUCCGCUCUCUAUUUAGUUUGCUGUAUGAGGUGUACAGUUCAUCUGCGGGACCUGCUGUGCGAUACAAGUGUUUACGGGCAUUACUAAGGAUGGUACAAUUCUCUAGUCCUGACCUUCUCCAGCAGGUGUUGAAGAGCCAAAGCGUGUCCUCACACUUGGCUACGAUGUUGUCAUCGCACGACUUGAAAAUCAUUGUUGGAGCCAUUCAGAUGGCAGAGAUCCUCAUGUCAAAGUUACCAGAGAUAUUUGCAAUUUAUUUUCGCCGUGAGGGUGUAAUGCAUCAAAUCAAGCGGUUAUGUGACCCUGAUGCUACCUUGGGAGCACCAUCGACUAAAUUGAGUAGUCCAGAGCUAUCCUUAGGAUCUGGUCGCAUUGGAACCCAGAGUUCAACCAGUCCUUUGCUGACAGGCCGUCCAUUUAAUGGCAAUUGCUUGGACACUACCCCAACUCUUCCUACUCCUCCAAGCCAGGAUGAUGAUAAAUUGCAGAGCCCAUCGCAACUAAGACUUUAUGAUGUACUAAAGCGCAAGCGCACAGCUCGUAUGCGUACUGGAACGUGGAGAAAAAGUAGACAGGAAGAUUCAACAUCGUCGUCAUUCAGUGAAUUCUUCAUGAAAAAUGCAGGCUUGGGUGGUGGUCGAGACACUUGGAGAGGAAUGGCCAGUCGAACCAAACUGGUGGCUGGUAACAAUAGUAGUAAUUCAACGAGCAGCAGCGGAGGCGGUAGCAGUAGCAAGUCGUCUUUUCUUGCAAACUUCAACCCUUCACGCUGGGGAAGGUGCAAUUCUGCCACGUCUUCUCCCUCGCACGAAUCGCCCACGGGAAAGUGCAACUUGCAACGUCACCCAGACUGCACAAGAUUAAGACAGUGGCGUGGAGGACCAGUUAAGGUUGAUCCCUUGGCUUUGGUGCAGGCCAUUGAACGUUACCUAGUUAUCAGAGGUUAUGGUCGACUCAGGGAUGAAGAUGAUGAUAACUCUGAUGAUGACAAUUCAGAUGAAGAUAUAGAUGAUACUUUGGCUGCUGUAUCAGUUAACCAGAGUUCUUCAAGUCACAAACUCCAAUUUGUCAUCAGUGAUCAUGUCUUGCCAUACAACAUGACUGUCUACCAAGCAAUCAGACAGUUUUCGUCACCCUCUGAUGCCAGCGCCUCCGAAGCAGACACAGAUACCGAGACUCCGAUUUCUCACUCUGCUAUAUGGCUACAAACGCAUACUAUAUACUACAGACCUGUGCAGGAGGAGGAACAAAGUCGAAGUUCUGGAGGUAGAAAAGGAAAAGCAGGAGGCUCAAAAACCAGUCCAAAGAAGAAAGCAGAUACUCUUGUUGGAGAUGGAAGUAUAGUGGGAGGGAAUAAUAGUGUUCUAGACCAGUACCUGACUCUUACUCUUCCGGCUAGUGUAACUGUAAGUGACCCAAGUAUCGAAGUGCUGGCACUACUGCGGGUUCUCCAUGCCUUGAACAGACAAUAUGGUUCCCUUUAUCCCCCAGCGUGUUACCCGUCCCCUCUUCCUACUGCUGAAUUCAUAAAUCUCAAACUAACGGCUAAAGCAAAUAGACAAUUGCAGGAUCCUUUAGUUAUAAUGACUGGGAAUGUUCCACCAUGGUUGCCUCAAAUUGCUUAUGUUUGUCCAUUCCUGUUUCCAUUUGAGACCCGCCAGCUGCUCUUCUAUGCAGUUUCUUUUGACCGUGACCGAGCCUUACAACGACUUAUGGACUCCUCUCCUGAGCUCAAUUCUGUUGAUAGUAGUGAAAGAGUUACCCCAAGGCUUGAAAAGAGAAAGAGAACUGUCUCUCGUGACGAUAUUCUCAAACAGGCUGAAUCUGUGAUAAGUGAUUUGGCUUCUUCAAGAGCCAUGUUAGAAAUUCAAUAUGAUAAUGAAGUAGGGACAGGUUUAGGACCUACUUUAGAAUUUUAUGCUCUAGUUUCUAAAGAGCUUCAGAAAGCAGACUUGGAACUGUGGCGUGGUGAAACAGUUACUGUGGAAGAGAGAACUGAAGAUAAUCCAGGAAAAGCAGUGAAAUACGUUAAUGCCAGCAAUGGCCUUUAUCCGUUACCUGUGCCCAGAAACAUGAAAUCUGCGCACAUGACCAAAUUAAGAACAAAAUUCAGAUUCCUUGGAAAAUUUAUGGCAAAGGCAGUCAUGGAUUCGAGAAUGUUGGAUUUGGGUCUUCAUGAGUGUGUGUACAAAUGGCUGUUGAGUGAAGAAUGGUCCCUAGGUUUAGGGGAUGUAACCUCACUAGACCCCACUCUGGGACACACCCUAGACCGCCUUCAUUAUACUGUGUUACACAAGAGACGAGUCGUGCUACAGGCAGAGCAGGAAGGAAUCUCAGGGGCAGAACUCCAGAGGCGUUUAGAUGCUUUAAUGGUGGAUGGUUGCAGUGUGGAGGACCUAGCGCUGACUUUUACACUGCCUGGUUACCCUAACAUAGAAUUCCGUAAAGGGGGCGCAGAUAUGCCUGUCACCAUAAAUAAUCUUGAUCAGUACCUACAACUGGUGAUAGAAUGGCUAGUGCGGGAAGGAGUGAGAAGACAAAUGGAAGCCCUCCGUGAAGGAUUUGAAUGUGUGUUUCCACUGACACAACUCCAUGUGUUCUACCCCGAAGAGCUGGAGCAGUUAUUCUGUGGCUGCUCCGAUGCAUCACAGUGGGACAUGAAGCAGCUGGCAGAGUGUUGCCGGCCUGAUCACGGUUAUACGCACAAUUCUCGAGCAGUCAAGUUCCUUUUGCAAAUUUUGUCUGAAUACACACCUGCUCAACAGAGAUCUUUCUUGCAGUUUGUCACAGGUUCACCCCGGCUUCCUGUUGGAGGUUUCAGAAGUCUAACUCCAGCACUCACUAUUGUAAGAAAAACAUUCGAGGCAGGAGAGAACCCUGACGACUUCUUACCUUCUGUGAUGACCUGCGUUAAUUACCUGAAACUACCAGACUACUCCAGUAUUGAUAUUAUGCGUGCCAAAUUGGAAAUAGCGGCUAGAGAGGGCCAGCACAGCUUCCACCUCUCUUAGGAUGAACUGACAUUCUUGCAAGCUGAUGCUCAACCCACCAAUUAUUGGGCUUCACAUUGUUAUAUCCUAUGUUUUGUUUUGGAGCAUUGUGUCCAACAUCAUGUGUUGUCAAGAUAGUGUGACAAGAGACAACAAAGGAAAAUGGAACUGUCAUACUCCCUGCUCAUGAAUCCUUGUUGGCAGAGCAUUUACUGAAGUCAUGAUAGUUUAUCUUAAUUAUGAUUUGUGAUUUCUAUAUCAUUCCUGGGGAUGUGUUCUUACCUGUGCCUGUUGACAAUUUUUUUUUUUUGAGUUCUUUACCAUCUCAUAUCCCUCAGCUCAACGGUACAGCCUGAUUUAUUAUGUAUUUGUAGUUGCUCGGCUUCUGCUAACUAGGGCAGUGUGAACCCUUGCAGGUAGUUCAGCAACUUGCUACCCCAUGAAAAAUUAUUAGCCUAUAACAGAUUAAAUAAAUAUUUGGACAUCUUUCUAUAUCAGUGCUUUAUUUUAGCCUUGUAUUAUUUUUUUGAGAGAAAUGACCGUUUGUAGUACGCAUAAAACAUGAACUGUGAUAUCCCCGUUUUUCAGGUUCCCAAAAGCAGGUUUGCUUACAGAGCUGGUAUUGGUCCCACCAUUUAAUGACAGAUGUUGGGCACACUGGAGAAAUAGGAUCCCAGCAUUUUCAGCAAUGACCACAAAUUAAUUCCUGAGAGUUAGUCACAUAAAGACAUUUGCAGAGCAUUAGGAUGUUAUCCAUUAAUUGAUCUCGUCAUUCUUUCCACUUGGAGAAUGUUUUGCCUUGUUUCUGACUGCCCACCUUACAAUGGUAUGCCAUACAAGUGUGGGUCAUUGUUAGGAUUUGAGUUUUUGUACAUAGACUUGGCUCAUUAUAAAUGAGAUUCCAGAACCCAAGAACACUUUAGUUUGGUUAGUAUACAAUGACUUAGACCAUCUCAUACUGGGGACCUUCUCACUAACAUUGCUUACGAAUAUCAGACCUAGUCAUUUGAUAGCAUCAUCCUGGAUAUACAGUGGACCCCCGAUUAACGAUCUUUUUUCAUUCCAGAAGUAUGUUCUGGUACCAGUACUGACUGAAUUUGUUCCCAUAAGGAAUAUUGUGAAGUAGAUUAGUCCAUUUCAGACCCCCAAACAUACACGUACAAACGCACUUACAUAAAUACACUUACAUAAUUGGUGGCAUUUGGAGGUGAUCGUUAAACGGGGGUCCACUGUAUUUGUAAUUUCUUUAGUUUUUAGAAAAAUGCGUUUUGUUCUUAAAUCAUAAAACUAUUUCGACUAGAAAUACAUAUAUUGUUAUUUAUGGAACAUUGUUUACCAUGCUCAAUUUAUUAUUACGACUUCAGUUUUGUCUGAUAAAUAACUGCAGGUCAGUGCAAAAGAAUGGGCAUUAAUAAAUACUUUUACUAAAGGAUCGGGUAUUUUUGCAAUGUAGUAUACUUCUAAUGUCGUUACUGUAUCUAAAAUGAUUUGAGUUUCAACUGAGAUCUGUUUUGUUUGGGAAAUAUUUUAAAAGGUACAGUUUGGAUGUUGGUGGGACUACUAGAAUAUUAAACCAAAUAUAUGUAAGUUUUUUUUUUUUCCAUAAUUUAUGGUUGAGCUGGUCUAGGUGAAUGAGUUGAACAUUCAUACAAAGUGGAACGUAUUACAGGAGUGAAGUUUCAGCAGGUGGACAAGAAAAGCUAUGCAUUAUUGAAGGCUGAGCCAGGCUUUAUUAUCAAGCAAAGACUAUUUUUUGAACUCUGCCAACAUACCAAAUCUGACAAUUGCUUGUCAGUUGUUUUUCUUCAUUGGUUAUAUAAGCACCAAUCAUUUUUUUUCUGUAUUUAAUAUAUGCAGUAUUUUUUUUAUUUUUUCUUCCUCUGGGCUUUUUUGUGUUAUAACACCUGCUGGAUUAGCCUUAAACUGCUCUCAAAUUUUAUAUAUUUUUGUUAAAUGGAUAUUUUUUAUUUAUUGAUAGUAUUUUUUCAAAGUUGGUGUUACAGGUGCAGAGGCAUGAGUUUUCAGGUAUACAGGAAAUGUAUAGACAUAAAGAAGCAAUGGUCUUGGCGUAUGGUAAUUGCAAGUUGCAUUUUCUUAGUUACGCAACAGUGAAGAUGUGUUGAUAGCGAACAAUAGACACAAAUGCAUUAUACUGCUUUUGUCUAUUUUUCCAUCGUGACGGUAUUUAUACCACUUACGUUUCUCCACUGAUAGUGAAAGCCGGUUACGUAUUUGGCACCUCAUGCUUCGGCACCUGUUACUCUGAACUCGUCAAUGAAUUGAUGCUCCUGGCAUGUCCAUUGUAUGUAUUGUGAAUACAUGUCAUGUUUAUCAGUGCCUACUUUAAAUAUCAGAUUGAUGUAUAUAAGUAUAUUGAAAUCACACAAGUGUAAUACACAGUACAUAAUAGUUUUUACAGAAAACAAAAAUGUGAUAAUAUUAAAAAGAGUAGCCAAGAACAUGUUGCUAUGAAUGUGUAAGUUAAGGUUUUGUAUCUGCCUUGUGAACCUCAGUUGAUUAUUGCUAGUAACAUUUGUGAUAGUAUUUUUUUUAGUCACUUUCUUUUUGUGUGUAAUUGAGUAUUAAAUUCAGCACAUGUUGACGUUCUUGAUUGUCCUUUCUGUUGUUUUUAACCCCCCAUAAAUGUGUGUGAAAAUGGUUUUGUCCUCGGGCAGUUUGAAUCGGGUUUUUAUUUUGAUAAUUUUUUAAACCUGCUUUGAGUUUUACUUGGAGAGUUGAUAAAAUAUAUAUCUUAAAUUUUUUUUUUUUUUUUUUUUUCUAAUUUAAGGACAAAACUUAAAUUUGGAACAAACUUAAUGUUCCAGGGUUCAUAAUGUGGAUCCAUUCUUAAUUUUAGAGAAAACGUCUCAGUGCUCAUUGCUGUGUGUCGGUCUGUUUUAAUUCUCGACACGCAUUCCGUUGUUUCAACCAUUUCAGUGCAGUUGUAUAAAAUGGCUAAUAUGGUUUCUGUGUACCAUUUAAGAUCAGUAAUUUUGGAGUAUUAAUUACUCCAAAAUUACUGAUCUUAAAUGGUACAAUAUCUAGGUAUUUAAAUGGAAAGAUACUGUGUAAUGUCAAUUUCUCCCUCUGUGGUAUGACCCAUGUGGUUUUGACGCAUUUUUGUGAAUAUAUGUUUAGCAUGAGUUUCACAGCUAAAAUGUUUGUCUAGGCCUUAAUUUUUCAUACAUUGUAUUUCGUGAAACCCUCCACAUGAGACUGUGAUCAAUUCAAUUUAUACCUUGUUCAGUUCCUUGUAUUAGACAGGGUUUUACCUUAUAUUAGUUGUUAAGACAUGGUUUUUUAAAUUAGAAAUUUUGAGACAUU